CGCAACAUCAAAUUGCGCACACUCGCACAACAUACAACCAUGAACAGCAAAAGGUACAGAAUUUUCUUUAGAUGAUGUUGAAACCUCUUCAAAUCACUCCAAAUUCCCAUUCUUCGCAUCCUAUUCGUGUGUAUUUGUUCUUGAUUGGAUCUGCGUCGAUUGUCCCCCCGCACAGAUUUAAAAGUCAUUUACUGACGUCGAAUAGCAGCAGGAACAUGUCGACUUCGUCUUACAGCAUAUUCAGCCCGUCUACCAGUAACGACUCCACCCCCGUGAAGCAAGAGCCUGGCAAUAGCCCAAGUCAAUAUACGACGGAGUCAGAUGAGGAAGAAGGCGACGAAGUUUACGAAGGAACCCAACGAUCUGCCAAGCGAACCCGCAUUGAACGCGCUGAGGAAACUCGCGAAGUUGUCAUCGGCCAUCAUAUCGACGAACCGUCACUCGUAGUUUACGCUACGUUCACCAAGGCGGGACACGUUGUAUUCAAAGCCCGCAAAAGCGAAGCUUCUCUAGCCGUCAGAAACCGAUGGCAUCAACUCAUUCAGAGCAGCAAGCACGCAGUUCACCGCCAGAACGUUGUUUUCGAUCGCGUCGCAUUGAAAGGCAAUGACCCCGAAAACUUGACUUUGAAGGAGGUGAAGGAGCUGGAGACAGAAUAUGCCAUAGCAAAGAUCAGAGGCACAGCUGGUAGGGAGGUUGUUGAUGGAGUCGCCUCUAACUCUCAACGACGAGUUACGACCAUGGGAGGUGGUACCGUCGACAGUCCGGCGGCAUUGUCUGGUGGUAAGCUACUCGCAGCUGUCAAGCACCAUAAAGAUACCGGUGCCGCUCUAGCUCGAGUUGCACGCGAACACGACACAGAGUCAUCGAAGAAGAUCCGUGCCAUGCAAAGAGUUAUCGACGACCAAGCAAAGGAAUUGGCCAAGCGCGAGAAAGUUGUGUCCCCGGCAAAUCUCUCGCAAAUCGAUACCGACACCUUCAUGAUUGGCAAUAAAGUCUACAACAAAAUUCCCGCAGAUAUGCCAAACGCAGGUCUUUACAUGGAGAAAGGGGGCAGAGUCAAGCAUGGCUACCAAGAGAAGGUCGUCUUGAGUGAGUACAGCAGUUACAAGACAGGCGAAGUCUUUGAGACUGUUGUGUUCAAGGAUACCGAGUUCCUCAAGACCGCUAGCGGAGAGUACGUCCAGAAACAAGAGGAUUUGGUGGAGAUUGAUGGGAAGACCUAUGUUCGUCGUCGUGUCUAUGUUUCAUACGACUCGGAUGAAGAAUGAAUGAUCAGGUGUGGAUGCCUACGGCUUUCUGGGAGGAGGCGAUAUGGCUGAUGAUCGUCGU